AUGUCUCCUGGCCCGAGGUAUCUCGCUCGCCAGCUGCCUCGUCUUCUGCUUCCUCCCACCCUCGUUUAUAUCCUUUACCGUGCAAUUGGCGGGAAAAGCCGCUAUUCGGCGUCCCCGUUGAUUCUCACAUUUCUUUUUGUACUUUCGUAUCCCGUAUCGUUGGCCAUACUCGUACAAUGGAAGAGGUAUACAGUAUGUCACAAGGCAGCUUCUCUCGGAGCCGUCUUGCCUCCGACGGUUAAGCAUAGAUGGAUUGGCGGUAUCGACCUUGUCGUUACUGUCUCACGCAACUUCGAGAAGUACUUCUUAGUUGACUGGCUCUUCAAGUGGAGUGCAGAGUAUGGACAUACAUUCGCUCGUGAAGUGCUAUUCGAAAGAAGGCUGUUUACAUCCGAGCCCGAACAUAUCAAGUCAAUCCUGUCAACCAACUUCCAGGCAUUCGAGAAAGGCUCGACAUUCCGCGGACAACUGGGCAGUCUUCUCGGAACAGGUGUCUUCAAUUCUGAUGGCCAAAUGUGGAAGUUCCAUCGCUCCAUGACACGCCCUUUUUUCACAAAGGAACGCAUCAGCCACUUCGACAUAUUCGACCGGAAUGCUGAUGCCGCGUUCGCGCUGAUGAAGGCGCGCUUCCGCGAGGGGCAUUCUAUUGACUGGCAGGAUCUCGUGCUCCGCUUCACCCUCGACUCCGCCACUGAGUUUCUAUUCGGGAACAACGUGUGCUCGCUCGCCGCCGGCCUUCCAUACCCGCCGGCCUCUGCACCCCCCGCCACGCCGACUCGCGCCACGGCGGACGGCUUCGGCGACGCGUUAAAGCGCGCACAGUUCCAGACGCUGAUGCGCAUGCGCUUUGGGUCGACAUGGCCGUUGUUUGAGUUCUGGAGCGACAAGGUGCACGGUGCGAUGCACGACGUGGACGCGUUCGUGGAUCCCAUUGUGCAGCGAGCGGUCGAGGCGCACGAAGCAGCGAAAGGCGCAGGCGCGGGCCAGAGCAAGGGCGACCGAGACCAUGAGACGCUCCUGGGGCACCUCGUCGGACUCACUGACGAUCCGCAGAUUCUGAAGGAUGAGACACUGAACAUCCUCAUUGCUGGGCGUGACACGACAGCGGCGGCACUCACGUUUGCUGUUUACUCGCUCGCGCGACAUUCUGGGGUACUUCUGCGCCUCCGCCGAGAGGUGCUCGGCCGUGUCGGCACGGUCCGGCGGCCUGAGUAUGAGGAUUUCAAAGAGAUGAAGUACUUGAGGGCCGUCAUCAAUGAGACGCUCAGAUUGUAUCCCCCCCUGAUUUGCAAUGAUAGGUAUACAACUGAAGCGGUGCUCUGGCCUUCUCGGGACCCUGGUGGGAAGCCACUAUAUAUUCCGGCCAAAACGAGGAUCCAGUACUCUGUUUUCGUUAUGCAUCGCCGGAAGGAUCUUUGGGGACCUGAUGCGCUCAGCUUCGACCCAGACAGGUUCCUCGACGAGCGUAUGCAAAAGUAUUUGAUACCUAAUCCGUUCAUUUUUCUGCCUUUCAACGCAGGGCCGCGCGUCUGCCUAGGUCAACAGUUUGCAUACAGUGAAGUAUCAUUCAUGCUCGUCCGCCUGCUUCAACAAUUCGAGACGAUCGAGCUCACACCGCAGGCGUGCCCCAACUCUAUUCCACCGCCGACAUUCACUGACUCUAUUGGGUGCGAGGGUACCGAAACGGCUUGGGUGAGCUCGCAUCUGACGAUAUUUGCGAAGAACGGGUUGUGGCUGAAGAUGUGCGAAGCGCCUUUUGUGGAUAUGAGCUCUCUGUAA